AUGGGAUUCUCCAACAGUGAUGAGAAAGUGAGAGUACCUGAAAAAGAAAUUACCUGUUUGCUAUUUUAUUUUUUUAAACAAUACCUUAUUUUGCAAACAGGACAACAAGAAACAGAAAGAGACUUAGAGGGUGCUCUUGAUGAUAUAGCAAAACAGUUGGAUAAACAAACACUGGAGGAGAAGGAAAAAGAUGAGGAUGAAGAAGAUGGAGAGGGUGAAGGAGAUGGGGCAACAGGGAAGAAAAAGAAGAAAAAGAAAAAAAAGAAAGGACCUAAGGUGCAGACAGAUCCACCUUCUAUUCCAAUAUGUGAUCUAUUUCCCAGUAGCAUAUUUCCAAAAGGAGAAGAAUGUGAAUAUCCACCAACACAAGAUGGGCGAACUGCUGUUUGGAGAACUACAAGUGAAGAAAAGAAAGCAUUAGAUCAAGCUAGUGAAGAGAUUUGGAAUGAUUUCCGGGAGGCUGCUGAGGCACACAGACAAGUGAGGAAAUAUGUUAUGAGCUGGAUCAAACCUGGAAUGACAAUGAUAGAAAUUUGUGAAAAACUCGAAGACUGCUCACGCAAAUUGAUAAAAGAAAAUGGUUUAAAUGCAGGUCUUGCAUUUCCCACUGGGUGUUCUCUGAAUAAUUGUGCAGCCCACUACACUCCCAAUGCUGGAGAUCCUACAGUGUUGCAGUAUGAUGAUAUUUGCAAAAUAGACUUUGGAACACAUAUUAGCGGUCGUAUUAUUGACUGUGCUUUUACUGUUACAUUCAAUCCAAAAUAUGAUAGACUGUUACAGGCAGUAAAGGAUGCCACUAAUACAGGAAUAAAGUGUGCUGGAAUAGAUGUUCGUCUCUGUGAUGUUGGUGAAGCCAUUCAAGAAGUAAUGGAGUCAUAUGAGGUUGAAAUUGACGGCAAAACAUAUCAAGUGAAACCAAUUCGCAAUUUGAAUGGACAUUCAAUUGGGCCAUAUAGGAUACAUGCUGGAAAAACUGUGCCCAUUGUGAAAGGAGGAGAAGCAACAAGAAUGGAGGAAGGUGAAAUAUAUGCUAUAGAAACCUUUGGUAGCACAGGAAAGGGUGUUGUUCAUGAUGACAUGGAAUGUUCUCAUUAUAUGAAAAAUUUUGAUGUUGGGCACGUGCCAAUAAGGCUUCCAAGAGCAAAACAUUUACUCAAUGUUAUUAAUGAAAACUUUGGCACUCUCGCCUUCUGCCGCAGAUGGCUAGAUCGUUUGGGAGAAAGUAAAUAUCUAAUGGCUCUGAAGAACCUGUGUGACUUGGGUAUAGUGGAUCCUUAUCCUCCUUUAUGCGACAUUAAAGGCUCAUAUACUGCACAGUUUGAGCAUACCAUAUUAUUGCGCCCAACGUGCAAAGAAGUUGUCAGCAGAGGAGAUGACUACUGAACUCAGUAUCACCUCAACACCUUUAUACUCUAGGCUUUGUUGGAACAUGUUAUACGAAUUAAUUUGCAACAUGUUGUCUGUUUUAACAGUGGACCGCUGUAAUACUUUUCAUAUUCGGAAAGGAAGGAAAUUAAUCAAAGGCAAGUCUUCUAAUGUAACUAACCAAGGAAAAAGCUUUCAUGCCUCUAGAAAGGUUAUGUAUAUUUUUUCUGUUCAGGGAAAUAUGUGCUAUAAAGCUCAAUUUUUAGUUUGGAAUGAGUUAUAUGUUUUGUUUUGAACAUUUAUGGUAAGAAAUGCUUUUCAGAUAUUUAUAUUACCAUAUUCCUACUUGAAUGCUUUGAAUGAUUACAUCUGACUUCUGCGCCUAAGCCCUGUAUGGUAUUGCCUUUCAAAUUUCCUGGAAUCCAUUUUGUAAAAAAUAGACAAAUUUUCAGAUCUUAAACAUAUACUUUUUAAAAGUCUGGUUAUGACUCUGGGCAGCAGUCUGCUGGGGAACUGCUCUAUUAAAUAAUAAUAAAAACUAUCCAGUUGCCA